AGCGUGCUUAUCAGCUGUGUGGCUCCUUGUUUAGCGUGUGUGUUUGGUCAUUUGUAGGUUAAGUUUAAAAUGUGUACAUUUUAGAAGAAAAGUUUAGUAAUAGUCUAUCUUGUGUUCUCUUUCUAAAUUUUUAGUUCAACUCAUAAAAUCUACUGUUUUUUUGUCAGUAAUAAUUCAUCGUUAGUAAAGCUUCUACGAGUUUUUCAGCAUUUGUUGUUAUUAAAGAUCCUAGCAACAUUGAUUGAUUUACUUAUCACAUUAUGCGAUUUGAACCUUUCGUCUUCUAAUUUGGACAUAAUUUACCUAGUAUGCUAAAGUUUUUUAAUAGUUUUCUCAAUAAACUAUAUCCUAGAAAGCAAACCCAUGUUCCUGCUAGAACAUUAAAACUAGCAUUCAUAGUUACGUCUUUUGGAAUUAUUUGUUGUGUCUGUAGAUGCUAUGGACUGAGAAAGUUUAUGAAUUCCUUAUUGCGCCGGUUGAAGUGGAGAAGUAAUGGUCCAAACAUAAUCCACACUGCUAAUGAAUGCCACAAUGCAGUAUUAGAGUUGAGAAAAAAAUGUAAAGAUAUCCGGGUCAUAGGUCUGGAUUGUGAAUGGGUUUCUGAAGGCAAGAAAACCAAUAAAAUCGCUCUCCUUCAAUUGGCUUCCAUUGACGGAUAUUGCUCACUAAUUCGAUUAUGCGCUCUGGGCAAUGUACCAAAUUCAUUAAAAGAACUGCUGUCUGAUAGAUCGAUAAUAAAGACGGGCGUGGCAGUCAACAGUGAUGCGAGCAGACUGUUGCGAGACUACGGCGUGCCUUGCAAGGGAGUUCUGGACUUGAGGCAUUUGGCCCAGGCUGUCGGAUCGGUGCCUGCGGGCCUCGGAAAGAUGUCCAAUCUCUAUUUGAAUAAAGAACUGGAUAAAGAUUGGAGAAUCAGGUGUAGUAACUGGGAAGACAGCUGUCUCUCCGAGAGGCAAAUCCAAUACGCUGCAGAUGAUGCCUUAGUGUCAGUCCAGUUGUUCGAAUAUUUCAACAAUCUAAUGUUGAAACGACAUUUUCCCUGGUACAAGCGAUUGUUGUGGAGCGACACACAGAUGUGGGCUCAUUCAGUAAAUUACUGGCGAAUCUACAUCAAUAUUCCGUUCAACCAGAAAGGCAGUGGCGAGCAAAUGGUAGUUGGCAGUGAGUUCUCGAAAUCAUCGAAAAGUGUGAACAGCACUCGUAAAUUCUCAACUAAACCAGUCAAGGACAAUCCACGCCAAAAGCCGUUGUACCACAAUAUCUACCUGGAGGCGCCUGAUGGGGAAGUCCUUUGUACUUGUGAUGACAGUAAAGCCACAUGGUACUUGACGAAAGGAUUAGCUGAAAUCAUUUCGGAGGAACCGUUACGACUGCGUUUGACAUUUGAGCCGUCAGGCAGGAAUGGGGCCGGCGACGAAUACUACGCUCUGCCCAAGAAUAACGAGUGUGUCGUUUGUGGCUCCAAGCAAGCAUUGAGACGCAAGAACAUAGUUCCCCUCGAGUACAGAAAAUAUUUUCCUAUAAAAAUGAAAGAUCAUUGUUCCCAUGACGUACUUCUUCUGUGCUUUGAGUGUCACAUUCGCAACUCGCAUUAUGAACAGGAACUGAAGAAUUCACUGGCUGCCGAAUGCAAUGCCCCUCUUUCAAAUACAAAAGAGAAUCGACAGAGAUUGGAAUUACCUGAUAUAAUGGCUGUUCGGUCAGCUGCUAGAGCUCUAUUGAAAGGAGAUCGCAUACCCGAACCGAGGAAACAAGAAUUGAGAAGCGUCGUCACCAACUAUUUGAGAAGGAAAGAUGAUCAAGUGCCCGAAUUGAAUGAUCAAUUAUUGAAUGAACUCGGUCAAACUUGCUACUGGGUGAAAAAUGAGGAUUAUAAUCCACACGGAUUGAAGGUAGUCGACUGUUACAAGGACAGAUUUAGUAAUCCUAUUGAGGGCUUACGAGUAUUGGAGAAAAUGUGGAGAAGAAAUUUUGUCGAUAACAUGCAACCGGAGUUUCUGCCCCAAUUAUGGUCAAUCAAUUACGAACACAAUCAACGUUUAUUUUGAGUACUUUUUCUACUAGGUAAUAAAUUAGUAUGUGUUUCAAUUGAUAAUGGUUUUAUAUUUAGUUGAAUAAAACUUUCUAUCUUAUUCAAAAA